AUUGUACUGUUGCGUCCACGCUUAGUCGAUGAAACCCAACAAGUGUCAAAAAAAGUGUCCGCAAGACAUCGACGCGACGCUGUAAUCCAAAAAAAAAGAAAAGAAAAAAGAUAACAUGAAUUGAUCACACAACUAACCCGUGGCUCGUGAUAGACUGGAAUAGGCCAGGGAUUCUAGCUGCGCAAGCUCUCCAAAAGCAUCCGACGCUGAAUUCUUCGCCGACAACCGAAGAGCAUGGCUGCAUCACUAAUGGAAGCCGUAGCGGCACUUGACAGCUCAACUCUUAUCCUAUUAACAGUCACUCUGUUGGCAUUCUUCAUCCCCGUCUUCGUCAUAUUCCCGCCACUGCCUGUUGAGCACCGCGAUGCCCUCAGUCAAACUCACUACAAGCUUGGCCUCCCACAAGAGAAGAGCAAUCUCGCUGAGCAGCGGUCUGAUGCUCUUCGACAACCGCACCAGGGACAAGCACCUAGAAUUCAAAGUUUGCAUAUAUACCCUAUAAAGUCAUGCAAAGGCGUGGAACUCACCGAAGUCAAGGUGCUACCCAAGGGCUUCGAGCUGGAUCGCCUAUACUCAUUCACCCAGCUCAGAGAAAUGCGAGUCCCCAUCCCUGAUUCAGACCAAUUCAAGACGGUCCAGGGAUGGGAGAUAUUGACAUUGCGCCAACUGGGAUAUCUUGCUAAUGUUGUCGUGGACGUGUGGCUCCCUGAUCCAAACAAGGCGAGCCGCCUCUUGGGCCCGAUUGACGGCGGGUUUCUCCUCAUCCGCUUCCCUUGGAAGGACGGAGGUAUUCGAGGACUAAUCCAGACUAUUGCUGCCAAGCUUAGCAGGGGAUUCAGCGCUGUUUCGGAAAAGGAGUUUAUGCUGCCUCUGGAGUUCCCAUCCAUUGCUGAUAUCAAAGAGCGUGGGUUCACAUAUGAUGAUGUCAAGAUAUUCAAAAACACCGCCAAUGCACUCAACAUGAGUGCAGAGCUACCACCCGAGCUUUCCAAGUAUCUUGGAGCGACAAAUCCAGUUGGGUUGUUCCGAAUGGACCCCUCAAACAGACGAAAAGUGUUCCGGUGCGCUCCGAAAAGCGACGAUGUGGGAUAUCAGCCUGUUGUCGAUUUUCAAGACGGGUACCCAUUACAUAUGCUCAGUCUCGCAAGUGUCUGCGCCUUAGAAUCCAAUAUCAACAAAGACGACGCCAUUACCCAUCUGGACGCCCGCAGAUUCCGCCCAAAUAUCAUCCUCUCUGGUUUACCGGCAUAUGAUGAGGAUGACUGGAAAGGUGUCGCGUUCCGCAGCUCAGAAGGUGGCAAGACCGACGAGGCCAAAUUUGCAGUCUCGUGCCGUACGGUUCGCUGCAAGCUUCCUAAUGUUGAUCCCGCUACAGGCUUGCGGCACAAGGUUGAACCAGAUCACUCGCUGCGCAAGUAUCGUGAGAUUGAUGCAGGAGCGGCAAAGAAAGGAUGCCUUGGCAUGCAACUAUGUCCACUCUUUCCAGACCCUUCCCGAGAGGACGCAUUGAAGCUGCAUCUUCGGGUGGGUAUGGAAGUCGAUAUUCUUUCCCGGGGAUCACACAUGUAUCUCUGAGGUGUUUAUACAUGUAAUGUCAGUUAUGAGUAUUACGGUCAAUUAAAUGAAAAUAACCAAAAGUGUAAUCAAAUAAUACAUAUAUUCCGGCCUCCCCUGACACCAAACAUAAACGCUCGAGGUAUCGUGAAUCAUACAAUUAGUAGGCGGCCAAUACGGGCUGCUUUAUUUCAUAUCCGCAGGUGUCAGCGCCUGCACCAUACUGGUACCUUCACUGAAGCGCGUCUUGAAGAUUCUAUUUGCGUUCUGGAACAUGCCGUCCUUGAGACUGACCACGAUGAACUGAGAUCCCUUGAAGCGCGUCUUGAUCAAGUGACCAAUGUUCUGUGUAUGUGAUGGAUCGAGAGCAGCGUCAACCUCGUCAAGAAUGUACAUGGGCGCAGGUUUGAAUUGCAGCAGCGCCAUAAUGAGCGACAAGGCAAUGAGUGAUCUGAAAUACUGUUAGCCCCUGCGGAUUAUCAUCACAUCAACCGAGAUAUACGUACCUUUGACCACCACUGAGUUCCGUAAGACUCUGUUUCCACACCUUACCGAGCUUGACCUUGACCUCUAGGCCGUUGUUAAUGGUCUUGCCUUCAGGAGGAUCCAGCUGGGCAAAACUGCCUCCUGGCAGCAGCUCAGAGAAGAUUUGGCCAAAGUCUCGGUUGACCUUUUCCCAAGUUUCGUGCAGAGCCUUCUUCUUGUAGUCAUCCAAACUGACAAUGGUCUCCUCAAUCUUUCGCUUAUCUCGAAUGACUGUCUUGAUCAUGUGUUUCAGGGCCACCUCCUUCUUUUCCACGCUGUCAAUCAUGUUCAUAACCUUGGGGUUGAUCUUCUUCUUCAUGCCUUGAGAACGCUCGGUGAGGUUCUUUAAUGUUGACUUGCACUCAGAAAUGUUUUGACCGUGGAAGUCGUAAGGAGUACCAUUCUUGCCAAAACUAUCCUUUUCCUCAUGGAUCCAGUCAUGAUCAGCCUCAAGUCGAGCCACAUUCUCUGCAGCACCUUGCUGCUCCUUGUGGAACUUUUCAACCUGGUGUCCAAGCUUCUGCAUUUCUAAACCUUCUUCGGCGAUGCGGGCAUUCUUUGAGCGGGUUGCCUCGUCUAGCGCCCUUAGCUCAUCAUCAAACAAAUGUAACUUGGCUCUCUCGUCUUCGAGCUGGGUCUGUGCAGCAUCAUGUGUGUCUUGUAGCUGCGCUUGUUGCUUGUUCAAGUCUUGUAUGCCUUUGUCCUGAGUCUUGAUAGCGACCUCAGCUUCGCCAACCUGAUCACGAGCCGUGGAUAGUUCUGAUUUGACUUGCUCCAAAUCCAACUGUGCGCCUUGGAGCUCUUUCUGAAGCGCCUUGACAUUGUUGGAAUUCUUUUGCAGCCCACUACGCAGCUUAUCUAGAGACUUUUGCAGCUCUACAAGCUUUGCGUCCUUGUUGUUGUCAAAGUCCUUCAUAUCCUUUUCAAUUCGCUUGACAUCGGCAGUAGCCUCAGUCUGCUUGGCCUUGGCUUCUUUGAUAUUGUUCUCGAGCUCAAUAAUGCCUGACUUCAUGUUCUCAACUUCUUGAAUAAUCGAGGACGAAGCGUUGCCGUUGAUUUGUUCCUCAGCCAGUUUAAUCUCGUGAUUCUUCAAAUCCAACUCUUGAUUGAUGCUUCGAGCCUGGUCCAACUUCGUCUUUUCUUGUGCUAUCCGAAUCUUCAAUUCCUGAAGGCUUGUCUGAGAUGUCUCAAGCUCUUUUGUCAACGCAUUAAGCUUUUGGAGGGUUACCAAGACACCGCUAGAGCUCGCUGAGCUGCCACCGGACAAAGUGCCAGAUGGAUCAUACGAAUCACCCUCAAGGGUGACACUCUUUAAGCGCACCUCGGGGUCGAAUGUAACGCGCUUUGCGGUUUCUGCAUCAGCACAUACUAAGGUACUGCCGAAUACAUACUCCAUAGCAGCAGAGACCUCCUUGUCGUAUCCAACUAGCGAAAGCGCAAGGUCGACCUUUCCAGGAGCAAUCUUUUGAGCAGUGGCAAUUGCCUGUGCAGAGGCCUUGAAGGCUGAGACCUUGUUCAAUGGAAUGAUAGUCACUCGCUUUCGAAGCUUGCCAUUCUGAAUCAGCUGAGAUGAAGUCACCUCAGAAUCGACAACCACGUUGUAUAGUCGGCCACCAGCACAAAUCUCAAGCGCUGUGCCAGCUUUGGUGUGGUUCUUAUCGAGGGUGAAAAGUUGAGCGACGAGACCUUUGACUUUAGAGCGGUCAAAGUUGGGAGCAGGAUCGGUGUAGUUGAAGUCGAUGUUGGCAACUUGACGUUUGAGCUUAUCGGCUUCUUGGCGCAAAGUGCGAACCUUUUGCUGUAGAUCUGACUCAUCCUUGUACAUUUGCUUUUCUUGGCCAGGUUCAAAACCAAGCUUGGCAAGCUGCUGCUCAAGCUUCUGAGUUUUGCUCUUCAUACCGUCAAGAUCACGUAUUAAAUCCGCAUUCUGCUCCUUGGCCUUCUUCGCGCGGGGCUCCUCUUCCUUGAGCCUCGACUUGAAAUGCGCAAUUUUGAUCUUGGCUUGCUCCUGAACAGUAGCAGCCGUUGUAGCACGGCUCUUCGCGUCUUGUAGUUGUCCUUGAUAUCCAUUCUCUUGGCCAUCUUUGGAGGCAACACCAGUCUGCAGGGUCUGAAGAAGCUCUUCUUUUGAUUCAACGUCGGCACUCUGCUUUGCCAAGUCUUCCUUUGCUGCAUCGCUCUUAGCCUUUGCUUGCUCAUAUGCUGCAUUCUUAUCCUUCAGUGCAGCCUCCAGCUCAAUGACGGAGGUUUCGAGUGCAGUCUUCUUCUCCUUCUCUUCCGCCAGACUAGACUUGUUCAAGUCCAUUAGAGUUGCAAGACGAACGAUUUCGUUGGCAUGUUUCUUGACUGUAUCCUCCAACGCUUGGCCCUUGCCACCCUUCUUAACUUCCUUCUCCCGUUGAGCCUUGACUCGGGCGACGUCCUCUUCCAGAUGGGAGAUCUCAGUACGCAAGCGUGUUGCUGAUUCUUCAAGAGCACUGUGGCGUUGCUUUUUAGCCUCAAGGUCUGCGGCUGACUGGCGAAGUUUCUCUUGCCCGCGUAGGUAAUCAUACGCUACGACUAGCUUAGUUAACCUUUCCAGAUCAUUCUGUGUUUGUUGGUAGUCGAGGAAUGCACGCUUUUCAGUGCGAAGUUUCUCCAGCUUCGGUUCAAUUUCAUCCUUCAACAACUCUCGAAGCUCCUGAAGCUUGAUCUCCUUCUUUGACAUUGUUUUCAGGGCCUUGUCUCGUCUAUCUUCGAACAUUCGGGUACCAGCAGCUUCUUCAAUCAUAGCCAGAAUCUCGACAGCCUUCAUGUUGAGAACCUUGGUGAUACGGCCCUGCAUAAUCAAGAAGUUGGGAUUGUUGAUGUUGAGUUGGACAGAUUGGAAGAGGUUUUGAACGGUUUGCUGUUGUGCUCUGUGACCGUUGAUGAGGUACUUCGAAGUUCCGCCAAGGACAAUCUGACGGGUGACGCUGAUAGUGGCGUACUCCUCGAAUCCGAUGGGUGACUUCUUCGUAUCGCGGUUAUCGAACACAAUCGUUACGCUUGCUUUUGUCACACCAGCCUGUCCGCGCUUGUAAAUAAGAUCUUGGAGGUUCUGCGCUCGCACCGUGGACAUGUUGGUGAUGCCGAGAACAAAGCAGAUGGCGUCGAGGAUAUUGGAUUUGCCACUGCCGUUAAGACCAGUAAUGGAGUUGAAUGCCUCAUCCCUAGGUUUAUUCAUGUUAGCUGGCCG